AUGGAAGUCCCCAUCGUCGUCGUAAAAUCCCGUCCCUCGUUCCAACUGUGGCGGAGUAAAAGGAAGACUUCUCGUAAGCUGAUACGCAGGGACGCAGAAAGAGCCACCAGCGAGGCCCGUUCAAGCCCUGCUCGGUCUCCUCCAGAUCCAGAAGGGAAAGGGACUGAGGAUUUUCCAGCCUCCAAGAAGGCGGAGAGGAGGUGGCUGGGAGGAGCAACAGAUGGCGGGGAAUCUGCCUUUGCCUGCGAUUGGGUAACAGCCAAGCUCAAGUGGGAGGGGGAGAGAAUAGUGCAGGAGAAUGAAGAAUCCAUCUUGCGCUCCUCCCCCUCUGGCAAGCAGGAAAGGGCGUCAGCCAAAUGUAAGAGCAACUUUGAUAGCACAGGUUUCCUUAUCACCAACAGUCCAAUUCAAUGCCACACCCGAGAACUUGCGGGAGAGGUAAGCGCAGGGGUGAAGAUGCCCAUCCGCCCCCCACUGGAGCAAGGCAGCCCCCAGAGCUUUGUCCGAAGCAUCAACAUGGGCAACAAAAAGCAAAGAGGGGUUGGGGUGGGCAAGAACAGGUUCAGAGGUUACAUCCAGGAAUGUGCUGAGAGCUCUCCUGUGGAUUAUUUUUGGUACCGGCAGACAUUGAACAUUACCUCUUCCAUUGACGAUUCUGGAACAGUCCAGUGGUGGCUGCUCUUGUGCUUGCUGUGUGCCUGGGCAGUGCUGUACGUGUGCACAAUCAGAGGCAUUGAAACAACAGGAAAGGCUGUCUACAUAACAUCCACCCUCCCGUACGUCGUGCUCACCAUUUUCCUGAUCCGUGGCCUGACACUGAAAGGAUCAGUCAGUGGGAUUGUGUACCUGUUUACACCUAAUGUUACUGAACUGGGUAACCCGGUCACUUGGCUAGAUGCUGGCGCUCAAGUAUUCUAUUCAUUCUCUCUCGCCUUUGGUGGCCUCAUCUCAUUCUCAAGUUAUAAUUCAAUUCACAAUAAUUGUGAGAAGGAUGCUGUGAUUAUCUCAAUGAUCAAUGGCUUUACCUCCAUCUAUUCUGCCACUGUCAUAUACUCAAUCAUUGGGUUCAGAGCAACAGAGAGAUACGACGACUGCUUUAGCCAAAAUAUCCUCACUCUGACAAAUGCAUUUGAUCUUCCAGAAGGAAACAUAACUGAAGGAAAUUUUGAAACCAUGCAAGCUUUAUAUAACCGGACAGAUCCAGAAACCUUUGCAACCCUUAAAUUUCAGACUUGUGACCUGGACACAUUUUUAUCUGAUGGUGUCGAAGGAACUGGCUUGGCGUUUAUUGUCUUCACGGAAGCCAUCACCAAAAUGCCUGUCUCGCCUCUGUGGUCCAUCCUCUUCUUCAUCAUGCUGUUCUGCUUAGGUUUAUCGUCCAUGUUUGGAAACAUGGAAGGUGUUCUUGUGCCCCUGCAAGAUCUCGAAAUAAUACCUAAAAAAUGGCCCAAGGAACUGAUUACAGGUCUGAUUUGUACAGGGUCUUUUUUGAUUGCCAUUAUUUUUGUGCUGAGGUCAGGAAACUAUUGGCUUGCUUUGUUUGAUAAUUUUGCUGGAUCCAUCCCUUUACUGAUAAUCGCUUUCUGUGAGAUGUUUUCCGUUGUCUACAUAUAUGGGAUAGACAGAUUUAAUGAUGAUAUCAAAUUCAUGAUUGGACAUAAGCCCAACAUUUUCUGGCAGGCCACCUGGAGAUUUAUCAGUCCCAUCAUCAUGUUGGUUAUCUUCUUGUUUUAUUUUGUGGUGAAAGUGAAUCAAAAAUUAGAAUACAUCACUUGGGACCCAACGUAUGCGCUGUUCCCCAAAGCGUGGCUAAAAACGUAUCCUGGCUGGGUUUAUGUCAUCAUCGUGAUUGUGGCAGGCGUGCCCAGCUUGAUGAUCCCUGGAUAUGCUAUCUACAAGGCCAUAAAAACUUGUGUGAAAAGGCAAGAUGACCGACAGGAUCUGGUCAAUGCUGUGUCAGAAGCAUCCAUAAAUGGGGAGUUGAAGAGGAAUUAGUUGUAACAAACCCUCCUGAGAAGAGCAAGGAUGAAGAUAUGGGUAAACAGCCCCCGCUUUCUAUCUGCUCUCUUGCCUGAGAGUGAGGGCCACUGGACAUAAUGGAACUUGCUUUGGCGUGAACAUGCCUAUGAAAACAGUGGCAGUUUCCUAGCACAUGAAAGGCUACCAUGUUUGAUGGGACAGAAGCUUUUAUGUACUAGAGUCUACUUGAAAGUUUGCAAGACAAGAAAUCAUGUUUUUAAGGUGUCACAAGACCCACCUUCUUAUUGUUGUGGUUGUUGUUGUUGCUAACACCAUCUAUCUGCCCCUGUGGAAUUUCUCUUUAGCAGUUACGUGGACAGUUCAUGCUGUUGUUGAUUCCCAGGGACACAUUGGUUUUUACUGAUGUGUGCCACUUAGCUGUACAAAAAUAUACCAAAUUCUGUUUUCAAAUAAAAUAUUAU